GCAGUAUUUAGUCAUACCAGCUUAUGAUCGUUGAUCUAUAUUUUUUAAUCAUUUUUCUGUAUUGUUUUGUUAUUCUUUAUAGUCUGAUGGUUUUUAAAAUAUAAAUCUAAUAGAAAAUCAGUAGUAGAUGAAUCAUGCAGAGUUCAGACGGAAGUAUUGGCAGUCCGUUUCCGGAUAUUCAACUACGGGAUAUUUCCGUCCCUGAAAUGCUCAUGUUGUCGAUGAAUGAACAUGACCCUAAUAAAAUUGCCUUUAUUGAUGCUCAAACUGAAAGAAGUUAUACUUUUGGGGAAUUCAAGAACCUCUAUAAGAGGAUAAGUAGCGCACUCUCUGGAAGAGGAAUGCAUCAAGGAGAGGUAAUUUGCUUCUUCUCACCAAAUAGCCUGGAAUUUGCUUUAAUGUUUGCCGCCUGUAUAACCGCUGGGCUGGUCGUUUCACCUUCGAAUUUUAAUUCUACUAGAUUUGAACUUACAUAUCAACUAAAUGACUGUUGUGCCUCUUAUAUUUUUACUACCAAGGCAUUUCUGCCAGUUGUCAAAGCUAGCUUGAACUCAAAUAUUAAGGAGAUAUUUAUAGCUGAUAAAGAAUCGGUAAAUGGUUUUACCAGCAUCUUUGAAUUGGCAUUGAAUGAUGGAAAAUCUUUCAUGGGGAAUAAUUUAAAGAUAAAUACUCUUCAGGACGCUGUCAUUAUACCAUACAGUAGCGGUACUACGGGUUUACCUAAAGGGGUUGAAAUUACCCAUAGGAAUUGCACUGCCAUGCUUGAUAUCUUUCAACAACCUCAAUUUUUCGGAUCAUCUAAGAGAUCUAAAAAUGAUACUACAGUAGUUUUUCUACCUUUUUAUCACGCUUAUGGCUUGCAAAAACUACUUCUCAAUAAUUUAUUGCAAGGCGUCUCACAAGUAAUUAUGGCCAAUUUUGUACCUGAACUUUUUUAUCGGUGUAUUCAAAAGUACAAGCCAUUUACAAUUGCUCUAGUUCCUCCAAUAGUUAAUUUAUUAAUAAAGGACACUAAGGCUCGUGAAAUUAACUUUACUUGUCUACAAUAUAUUUCAUGCGGUGCCUCUCCUCUUUCUAAGCAAAUUGAAGAGAAAUUCAGGAGUGUUACUAAGAUUUAUUGUCUCCGUCAAGGAUAUGGAAUGACUGAAGCCACCCUUGCGGUUACCUUGGGCGAAAAGGACUCAUAUAAAGUAGGGUCAACUGGAAGAUUGGUUAACAAUGUUCGCUUGAAGGUUAUUGAUCAAGAAACAGGGAAGUAUUGCGGUAUUGGAAUGAAAGGCGAAUUAUGGUUUAAAGGUCCCAUUGUAAUGAAAGGUUAUCUCAAUAGACCAAAAGAAACGAGAAAUUGUAUCACGGAAGACGGCUGGCUAAAAACGGGUGACAUUGGCUAUUUUGACAAAGACGGCUACGUAUUCAUUGUGGCACCAGCUGAGUUAGAAUCUGUUCUUUUAACUCACCCAAAGAUAAAGGAUGCUGGUGUUGUCGGAAUCGAUGACGAAAGGGCAGGACAAAUUCCCAAAGCCUAUGUUGUUAAAAAAGUUGAUAAUCUCACUAAAAAGGAAAUCAACGAUUAUAUUGCCGACAAACUAUCUGAUUUUAAACGAUUAAGAGGUGGUAUAGACUUUAUAGAAGAAAUUCCAAGGUUGCCAAGUGGUAAAGUCCUAAGAAGGACUUUAAGAGAUCUAGAAACAAAGAAAACAUUAAACUCUCAACUUUAA